UGGAGGGCGGGUGUUCGCAGCAGCCGUCGGAGUCGUCCUGAGCUUUCUGGCCCACUAGCGACUGAAACUUCACUGCCAAGAUGUCCGACGGAGAGCAAGAGCAGACCAUAGCCGAGGACCUGGUGGUCACCAAGUACAAGAUGGGUGGUGACAUCGCCAACCAGGCUCUUCGUCUGGUUGUGGAAACAGCCACUCCCGGGGUGUCGGUGCUCACCCUCUGUCAAAAGGGGGAUGCCUACAUCAUGGCUGAGACUGGAAAGGUCUUCAAAAGGGAGAAGGACAUGAAGAAAGGCAUUGCCUUUCCCACCAGCGUCUCAGUCAAUAACUGUGUUUGCCACUUCUCUCCCCUGAAGAGUGACCACGACUACACACUUAAAGAUGGGGAUCUGGUCAAAAUAGAUCUAGGAGUUCAUGUUGACGGCUUCAUUGCCAAUGUUGCUCACAGCUUUGUGGUGGGAGCCAGUAAGGAGAACCCCAUCACAGGCCGGAAAGCUGAUGUAAUCAAAGCGGCCCAUCUUUGUGCGGAAGCAGCUCUUCGCCUCGUUAAACCUGGUAACCAGAAUUCUCAAGUGACAGAAGCCUGGAACAAGAUUGCUCAGUCAUUCAAAUGCUCACCUAUAGAGGGUAUGCUGUCGCAUCAGCUGAAGCAACAUGUCAUAGAUGGAGAGAAGACAAUCAUUCAGAACCCGACAGACCUGCAAAGGAAGGACCAUGAGAAGGCGGAGUUUGAGGUACACGAAGUCUAUGCUGUGGACGUCUUGAUAAGCACCGGAGAAGGGAAGGCCAGAGAUGGAGGUCUGAGGACCACCAUUUAUAAGAGGGACCCCAGUAAGCAGUAUGGCUUGAAGAUGAAAACGUCCCGUACGUUCUUCAGCGAAGUUGAACGGCGCUUUGAUGCCAUGCCUUUUACUCUCCGAGCAUUCGAGGAUGAGGCCAAAGCCCGUCUGGGUGUGGUGGAGUGUGCCAAACAUGAACUGCUACAGCCCUUCAGUGUGCUACAUGAGAAAGAGGGAGAGUGUGUAGCUCAGUUUAAGUUCACAGUGUUGCUGAUGGCCAACGGGCCUCACAGAAUCACUAGCGGAGACUUAGAUCCAGAGCUCUACAAGUCAGAGCAUGAAGUUCAGGAUGGAGAUCUACGGACUUUACUACAGAGCUCUGCAAGCCGUAAAACACAGAAGAAAAAGAAAAAGAAGGCCUCAAAGACAGCAGAAAAUGCAACUGGACAGCCGACUGAGGACACGGAAGCCGUAGAAUAACAAAAUACUGCCUUUCCACACAUGCAAGACCCCAAAGAGAAGCAGGAGGAAACAUGACAAAUUGCCCCAAACUCUCUGACCUUUCAUUUCACAAAUUAGAUGGAUUAAUAUUAGAUCCUACAUGGAUGCUUAACCCUUUACUGCAGUCACUGAAAGUACCGUGUUGCUUUUUCUUCGCUUACUUGAGUAAGAAACAAAGAAUAUUUGCGAAUAGUUUUGCAUCUUUGAAAGUACAUGCUGCCAAAUGGUACGUGUGCGACGGGUGCCUGCAUUGUUUUACUUAAAUCAUUUUUUGAUCCUCUUCUUGCAACUUUCAAGUAAAACUGAAGCUUACAGUUGGCAUUAAAGGAAGUGGAUCAUUCUGUAUUUUUGACAUCCAAUACAGUAAAGGAUUAUUGGAUGAAACCAACAGAAACAUGGUUCACAACAAGUUGUCUGAACUUGUUUAUAUGUAAACAAAGAUUUAUAGUGAAUAUACGAGCACUUUGUCACCUCUUGUGAGUGUGAGAAUCACGUGAUGACGGGUUUAUUCAUCCAGUGCUUUAUUGAAAAACAGACCUUUAGCAUUUUAAAAUGUUUAAUCAAAAGCAUUUUUCCUUAACUUCACUAUGCAGUAAAGGGUUGAACUUUAAUUAUGACCAAACAAAACAGUCAAAUGAUCACAAGGACUGUAGUAUAAGUAAGUGUUUAUGGUUAGUCUUCCAUCAUCAAGGCCUGAACACAUGUAGCUGAAACUAGUGUUUUAACCACACUAUUUUAAAGUAUUAACCUGAGCAAAUCACUGGAAUGUUUUUAAGAAUACAAGCAAACAUCACAGUUGUAAUCGGCUCUACUUUAGGGAACAAAACCGAUACAUUUACUGCCAUUCCCCCUGAAUUUUAUGAAAGCAUAGAAUCUUAUAUGUUCUACUUUUGAAAAACUUUUCUAUUGCUUUACUACAUCAUUGGUCUUGUGAAUCAUGAAAUUUAAAGCUGACCGAGUUUUAAAAAUAGUUUUUUUAUGGGCGUCUUCCGUGUAUUUGGACCAGUAAGAGAUCAUUUCAGGUCUGAGUUUCAUUAAGAGGUCUGAGUCAGAUUGUUCAACAGCUGAAUAUGUUGAGAAAAGUAAAAUCCUGCUUUGUAGCUCAAUCAGUGGGCAAUGGAACUUUACAUCUAAUGAAAUAAAAACAUUUUCUUACA